UCCAUUCACUUCCGCAAACGUACCUAUACCUAGCCAUCUUUUUCUGAGUCAAGUAAAAAUAUACACUAUAAUCUAAAAGAUUAUACUGAAAGUAUCAUUUUCAUAUUCUUAUAAAUUAUAAUUCAAACUCAAAAUUUAUAUUAAUGUCAGAGCCACAGUCCGCGCUUUUAUUGAGAAAACAAUUAGCAGAAUUAAACAAAAAUCCAGUAGAAGGGUUUUCAGCUGGCCUUAUUGACGACAAUGAUAUUUACCGAUGGGAAGUGCUCAUUAUUGGACCUCCGGAUACACUAUACGAAGGAGGAUUUUUUAAAGCGCAUUUACAAUUUCCGAAAGAGUAUCCACUCAGACCACCAAGAAUGAAAUUUAUAACGGAAAUAUGGCAUCCAAACAUUGAAAAAAAUGGUGACGUCUGUAUAUCGAUCUUACAUGAACCCGGGGAUGAUAAAUGGGGCUAUGAAAAAGCAUCAGAACGAUGGCUACCAGUGCACACAGUUGAAACAAUUCUUAUCAGCGUUAUUAGUAUGCUUGCUGAUCCUAAUGACGAAAGUCCUGCCAACGUUGAUGCCGCCAAAGAGUGGAGGGAAAGUUAUUCAGAGUUUAAGCGAAAAGUUGCUAGGUGCGUACGAAAAAGCCAAGAAGAAUGUUUGUAGGGGUAAAGAAACUAUAAAAAAAAAAGAAACAAAAAUAAAUAAAUAAAUAAAAACUGAAAGACUUAUUUAAUUCUGGUAAGCAAAUUACAUGUGCAUCCACCAAUUGAGUUUUAUCUAUUAUAAUGAAGUACUCAGUCAAUUAAUAUUUUCUUCUUUAAAGGGACAUUGCAUGCAUUGUUUACUUAAUAACAUCGUCGUAAUGACAGUUCCACGCCAAUAGAUUUAGAAGUAAUAAUUAUAUUGAUAGUUAAAAACAAAUAAUGAAAUACACAACAAUAUGAUUGAAUAAAUCAAUAUAAUGAUUAAAACCAGUGCCGCUGCAAUAUUGCCAAUUUUAUCCGAAUAAUGAAUUUAUUUAAAAAGAAAAAAAAAAAACGUAAAAACAAACUUUGCUUAACUUCUAAAAA